CGCUCACUGAGAAAGCGGUGCAAUGAUAAAGCCGCAUUUGCGCAGUGCCAGCAGUACCAUGUCCAAGCCAACAGGGGGCGGCGUCAAUGAUGUCACCCGCUUUCUGACGUCGGGAGUGAUGCCGGGCUCCCCCACCGCCAACCCCACGGCCUCGUUCUCAUCGGCCAGCCAGGCAGAUUGGGCGGCCAAGAGGCUGGUGUGGGUCCCCUCAGAGAAGCAUGGCUUCGAGUCGGCCAGUAUCCGGGAGGAGCGCGGGGACGAGGUGGAGGUGGAGCUGACUGACAGCCAGAGGAAGCUCACCCUAUCCAGGGAGGAGGUGCAGCGGAUGAACCCGCCGCGCUUCAGCAAGGUGGAGGACAUGGCCGACCUCACCUGCCUGAACGAGGCCUCGGUGCUUCACAACCUGCGGGAGAGAUACUACUCCGGCCUCAUCUACACCUACUCAGGGCUGUUCUGCGUGGUGGUCAACCCCUACAAGAACCUGCAGGUCUACACCGAGUCCAUCGUGGAGAUGUACCGCGGCAAGAAGCGGCAUGAGAUGCCCCCGCACAUCUACGCCAUCUCAGAGGCGGCCUACCGCAGCAUGCUGCAAGACAGAGAAGACCAGUCAAUACUGUGCACAGGCGAGUCUGGUGCAGGGAAAACGGAGAACACUAAGAAAGUGAUCCAGUAUCUGGCCCACGUGGCCUCCUCCCACAAGACUGGAGCUCCAGGAAGAAAACAGGAGUCUUCUACGAUGGACGGCACUAGGUCUCUACCUAGAGGCUGUUUGGUGAACAGGGGGGAGCUGGAGAGACAGCUGCUACAGGCCAACCCCAUCCUGGAGGCCUUUGGCAACGCAAAGACGGUCAAGAACGACAACUCUUCCAGAUUUGGUAAAUUCAUUCGCAUUAAUUUCGAUGUGGCUGGCUACAUCGUCGGUGCUAACAUUGAAACCUACCUCCUGGAGAAGUCCCGGGCCAUCCGCCAGGCCAAAGACGAGAGGACCUUCCACAUCUUCUACCAGCUGCUGUCUGGGGCGUCAGACGCCACCAGGGCCGACCUGCUGCUGGGGAACCCUGACGAGUACCGCUUUCUGAGCGGGGGCUCCAUCCCGAUCCCGGGCCAGAGCGACGCUGAUAACUUCACCCAGACCAUGGAGUCCAUGACCAUCAUGGGCUUCAACCCCGAUGAGUCCCUGGCCAUGUUAAAGGUCAUCUCUGCGGGUCUCCAGUUUGGGAACAUCUCCUUCACCAAGGAGAAGCACCACGACCAGGCCUCCAUGCCCGACGACACGGCUGCCCAGAAAAUGUGCCACCUGCUUGGCAUCAGUGUGGUUGAGUUCACCCGAGCCAUCCUCACACCCAGGAUCAAAGUAGGGCGAGAAUACGUCCAGAAAGCCCAGACCAAAGAGCAGGCAGACUUUGCGGUGGAGGCCCUGGCCAAGGCUACGUACGAGCGUCUGUUCAGAUGGCUGGUCCACCGGAUAAACAGAGCUCUGGACCGCAGGCAGAGGCAGGGCGCCUCCUUCAUAGGCAUCCUGGACAUCGCUGGCUUUGAGAUCUUCCAGCUGAACUCCUUCGAGCAGCUGUGCAUCAACUACACCAACGAGAAGCUGCAGCAGCUCUUCAACCACACCAUGUUCAUCCUGGAGCAGGAGGAGUACCAGCGGGAGGGCAUCGAGUGGAACUUCAUCGACUUCGGCCUGGACCUGCAGCCCUGCAUCGACCUCAUCGAGAGACCGGCCCACCCCCCGGGCGUCCUGGCUCUGCUGGAUGAGGAAUGCUGGUUUCCCCGGGCGACGGACCGCUCCUUUGUGGACAAGCUGUCUGGUGAACAAGGCACCCAUCCCAAGUUCUUCAAACCCCGACAGCCACGCCAGGAGGCCGACUUCGCCAUCAUUCACUACGCCGGAAAGGUGGACUACAAGGCCAACGACUGGCUGGUGAAGAACAUGGAUCCACUCAAUGACAACGUGGCGUCUCUGCUCCACCAGUCCUCGGACCACUUCAUAUCUGAGCUGUGGAGAGAGGACAUUCAGACUCUUCCUCGUGUUUACUUCUUUGACUCCUAUGCCACGAUCCAGGCUAAUGGCGGCGACAUGGAGAGGAUCGUGGGUCUGGAUCAGGUGUCCAGCGGGGAGAGCAGCGGCCCCGUGACGUUCGGGGCGGCCGGGCUGAAGACCAAGAAGGGGAUGUUCCGCACGGUGGGCCAGCUGUACAAGGAGUCGCUCACCAAGCUGAUGGCCACGCUCAGGAACACCAACCCCAACUUCCUGCGCUGCAUCAUCCCAAACCACGAGAAGAAGGCUGGUAAGCUGAGUCCCAACCUGGUCCUGGACCAGCUGCGGUGUAACGGGGUUCUGGAGGGGAUCCGUAUCUGCAGACAGGGCUUCCCCAACCGCAUCCCCUUCCAGGAGUUCAGACAGAGAUAUGAGAUCCUUACACCCAACGCCAUCCCUCGCACCUUCAUGGAUGGGAAGCAGGCGUCAGAGCUCAUGAUCCGGGCCCUGGAGCUGGACCUCAACCUGUUCCGCGUGGGCCAGAGCAAGGUGUUCUUCCGGGCGGGCGUGCUGGGCCACCUGGAGGAGGAGCGCGACCUGAAGAUCACCGACACCAUCAUCCGCUUCCAGAGCGCCGCCCGCGGAUACCUGGCCCGCAAGGCCUUCCUGAAGAAGCAGCAGCAGCUGAGCGCGCUGAGGGUGAUGCAGAGGAACUGCGCGGCCUACCUGAAGCUCCGCAACUGGCAGUGGUGGAGACUGUUCACCAAGGUUAAGCCUCUGCUACAAGUGACGCGGCAGGACGAGGAGAUCCAGUCCCGGGAGGCGGAGCUACAGAAGGCUAAGGACAAUCUGGGGCGGGUGGAGCUGGACUACGUGGAGCUUGACAGGAAGCACACACAGCUGCAAGACGAGAAGACGGUGCUGGCCGACCAGCUGCUGGCGGAGGCGGAGCUGUUCGCCGAGGCCGAGGAGAUGAGGGCGCGGCUGGCCAGUAGGAAGCAGGAGCUGGAGGAAGUGCUGAGUGAGCUGGAGAGCCGAUUGGAGGACGAGGAGGAGAGGGGCGUGCAGCUGACCAAUGAAAAGAAGAAACUGCAGCAGAAUGUGCAGGACCUAGAGGAGCAGUUGGAGGAGGAGGAGGGGUCCAGACAGCGCCUCCUGCUGGAGAAGGUCUCCCUGGAGACCAAGGCAAAGAGUCUGGAGACCGAUCUGCUGGGCACGGCCGAGCAGAGAGACCGACUGAGCAAGGAGAAGAAGCAGUUGGAGGAGCGUCUGAGCGAGGUGAGUGAGCAGCUGACUGAAGAGGAGGAGAAGACCAAGAGCCUGAACAAGCUGAAGAACAAACAGGAGGCUGUGAUCGCCGACCUAGAAGAGCGCCUGAAGCGUGAGGAGCAGGGCCGCCUGGAGCAGGAGAAAUGGAAGAGGAGGAUGGAGACCGAGUCGGCCGAGGCCCAGGAGCAGCUCUCGGACAUUGGCAUGCUGUCGUCAGAGCUGAGGGGCAGCCUGGCCCAGAAGGAGAAGGAGAUCACCUCUCUGCAGGGCAGGCUGGAGGAGGAGGGGGCCCGCCGUGCCGAGGCGCAGAGGGCCCUGCGGGAGGCCAUGUCUCAGGUGUCGGAGCUGAAGGAGGAGGUGGAGAACGAGCGGGGGAUGAGGGAGCGGGCGGAGAAGCAGAGGAGGGACCUGGGGGAGGAGCUGGAGGCCCUGAAGACGGAACUGGAGGACACCCUGGACACCACCGCCACCCAGCAGGAGCUCAGGUCUCGGAGGGAGGCGGAGCUCAGCGACCUCCAGCGUUGCGUGGAGGAGGAGACAAGGCGCCACGAGGUGCAGCUGUCGGAGCUCCGCAUCAAGCACAGCUCCACCAUCGACAACCUGCAGGAGCAGCUGGACAACAGCAAGAGGGCGCGCCAGUCCCUGGAGAAGGCCAAGAUCAUGCUGGAGGAGGAGCGGCUCAACCUGACCUCGGAGCUCAAGAGCCUGCAGGGGGGCCGCAUGGAGAGCGACCGGGGCCGCAAGCGGGCCGAGGGCCAACUGCAGGAGCUGACCGUCCGCCUGGGGCAGGCCGACCGCGAGAGGGAGGAGCGGGAGGAGCGGCUCCUCAAGCUUCAGAGUGAGAUUGAGAACAUCUCGGUCAAUCUGUCCUCCACCGACUCCAAGUCCCUCCGUCUCACCAGGGAGGUCAGCAGCCUCGAGAGCCAGCUGCGUGAUGCACAGGAAACGCUGCAGGAGGAGACGCGUCAGAAGCUGGGCCUGGGCUCCAGGGUGCGGGCGCUGGAGGACGAGAAGCUGGGCAUGAUGGAGCGACUGGAGGAGGAGGAGGAGCGGGCCAAGGAGAACGGGCGCCAGGUCCAGACCCACGCCCAGCAGCUGGGCGAGCUCCGCAAGCAGUCGGAGGAGGUGAACUCGGCGGCGGAGUCGGCGGAGGAGGCGCGCAGGAAGCUGCAGCGGGAGCUGGACGGCGCGGUGCAGCGGGAGCGGCAGAAGGAGGAGGAGAAGGAGCGCGUGGAGAGGCAGAGGGAGCGUCUCAGGGAGGAGAUCGAGGACAUGACGCUGGCCCUGCAGAAGGAGAGGCAGAACUGCUCCGCCCUGGAGAAGAGGCAGAAGAAGUUUGACCAGUUACUGGCGGAGGAGAAGGCCGUGAGUGCCCGUCUGGCGGAGGAGAAGGACCGGGCUGAGGCCGACAACCGGGAAAAGGAGACCCGCUCCCUGUCGCUGGUCCGGGCCCUGCAGGAGGCCACGGAUCAGAGGGAGGAGCUGGAGAGGUCCAAUAAGCAGCUGCGUCAGGAGAUGGAACAGCUGGUCAACCAGCAAGACGACGUUGGCAAAAACGUUCACGAGCUGGAGCGCUCGCGGCGGGCCCUGGAGACGGAGGCUCAGAGCCUGCGGGGGCAGACCCAGGAGCUGGAGGAGGAGCUGUCGGAGGCCGAGAACUCCCGCCUCCGGCUGGAGGUCACCCUGCAGGCCCUGAAGGCCCAGUUCGAGAGAGAGAUCAGCACCAACGAGGAGAAGGGCGAGGAGAAGCGCCGCACCCUCAGCAAACAGCUGCGGGAGCUGGAGGUCCAUCUGGAGGAGGAGCGGAGCCAGCGGUCGCAGGCCAUGGCGGUGAAGAAGACGCUGGAGGCGGAGCUGCAGGAGGCGGAGGCCCAGGUGGAGGCGGGGACGCGCGGCCGGGAGGAGGCGGUGAAGCAGCUGCGUCGGCUGCAGUCCCAGAUGAAGGAGAUCCUGCGGGAGCUGGACGAGACCAAGCUGGCCCGCGAGGAGGUGCUGGCCCACUCCAAGGACAGCGAGAAGCGCCUGCAGACCCUGGAGGCUGAGCUGCUGCAGCUCACCGAGGAGCUGUCAGUGUCGGACAGGCAGAAGAGACAAGCCCAGCAGGAGAGAGACGAGCUGGCGGACGAGAUGGUCAACAGCAGCUCUGGAAAGUCUCUCCUGAGCGAGGAGAAGAGGAGGCUGGAGUCACGCAUCACCCAGUUGGAGGAGGAGCUGGAGGAGGAGCAGACCAACACUGAACUGCUGGCCGAGAGACAGCGCAAGAACGCACUACAGGUGGAGACGCUGACGGUGCAGCUGCAGGGGGAGAGGACCCUGACCCAGAAGGCGGAGGCCGGGCGGGAGCAGCUGGAGCGGGGCAACAAGGAGCUGAAGUCCCGGCUGGGGGAGAUGGAGGGGGCGGUCCGGGGGAAGCACAAGCUGAGCGUGGCGGCCCUGGAGGCCAAGAUAGACUCCAUGGAGGAGCAGCUGGAGCAGGAGAGACAAGAACGAGCCAUAGCCAACAAACUGGUGCGGAAAACAGAGAAGAAGCUGAAGGAGGUGAUGAUGCAGUCUGAGGACGAGAGGAGGCAUGCAGACCAGUACCGGGAGCAGUUGGACAAAUCCAUGGGUCGCCUGAGGCAGCUGAAGAGGCAGCUGGAGGAGGUGGAGGAGGAGAACUCGCGCUCCAACGCCCUGCGGAGGAAGCUGCAGAGGGAGCUGGAGGAGAUGUCGGAUGGCGGCCAGAGCAUGGCGCGGGAGAUCACCGCGCUGCGCAGCCAGCUCAGCCUCCCUGAAUGGAGACCAGAAAAGCGCGCCCCCCUGCCCCUGGCCCUGCGCGGCCGCAGAGCCCUGGUGGACGACUUCUCCCUGGAGAACUCGGACUCUGAGGAGCCCCCCGCCUCGCCCACCCCCUCCUCCGGGCUCCCGGGCACCCCCACCCCGUCCUCGUCGGACCCCCACAGCCUGGAGGCCCUGCCCCCUUACACCCUCAACAACACUGCCAACAACGCCGAGUGACACACACACACACACACACACACACAGAUACAUGGAGGACACAUACACACACGCAGACACACACACACACACACACACAAACACACAGACAUACAUAAACAUGCAUGUAUUGGUCCUCUGCUACUCAGAGGCGUUGGGUGGGGGGUAUGCCACAGAAACACACUACAUCCAUAUUUAUAGACCGUCGAUGAAAAAGACAUAUCCCCAAAACAUGGUGCAUACACGAGCAGAUAUCAACACACACACACACACACACACACCUAGACAUCAACACAUAAGACUGUUCAAGGUUCUUGAUAAUGUCGCCUGUGAUAAAAUACGCAGACAUCGAUUCGAAAAGGCUCAGAGAUGAAAAGCAGUGGUUACGCAUUUACUCAAGCGUUCAAACGGACGCAAAAGCAUGUCAAUCGCAAGGAUGUGUCAUUCGUCGAGAAAAACUAAACUCCCGUCCUUCCUUCCUCCCCGGGCUCAGCCCCUCAGGCCUAGCUAGAUCAUAUCAUAUCAGCUGAUCCCGCGCAAAGCUUGAAUGAGCAGCGAAUGCUAACGGCUACCAUCGCUCGUGUCCGCUAUCUCGGUAUUAAGCCAUGUUAACGCAGCUCCUCGUCGCACCGCCUUGUUGUGGAGGAGCCGCUGGUGCAGAACAGGAGAGUGACUGACCCUCCCAGGGGUUUAAACAAUCUUACAUGUUAGAGAAUAGCAAGCAUGCCACGUGAAAAGGUCAAAGGUCAAUGUGUCAAUUAGACCUUGCCGACUCAGUCAGAACGAAAGGUGUGUGUGUCGAGGCUCAGAGUGCUUGUUUGUGAAAUAACUUUUUACCAUGUUUUCUAAAUUGUGAUUUGAACUUGAAAUGAUAAAACCUAGUGCAAAGAACUACGAGAGGUGGAGAGAGCCGAUGAGAGUGGACAGUGGAGGGUGACGACAGUGAGGCAGGGUAACUCAGAGGGGGAUUCCACACCGUAUGUGCAUCUGGCGCAAAGCCAGCAACACCUCUCAGAAACAUCAGGGUCUCCGCUGGCACUGGAUAAGCAUCAAAGUUACCUCACGUUGUUACUCACUCGACCAGUCCAAAUGAUGUUUUUCAUACCGUAUUGUCAUAAUGAUAUAAAUACAAAAUAAAAACGAUACCAUCCAUGCAGAAAAGAAACAACCUGCAGGCAGCCAUGCUAAAACGCACCUCCUGUAUUCCGGUUGCUGCAAAUAAUAGCGUAGAAAUAGUAUGUAGUUAGUGAUUAAAGUAGCGUGUAUGAGUCAUCUGCUUAACUUAAGUCUUAAUAUAAUACUUCUUACAGGAAUUGGAAUUUGUAUAUUUUUUUGUUGCUCUGAAUAUGAACUUAAGUUAUCGAUUGCUGGUUGCGUUCCGUCAGUGUUUAUUAUGGUCUGCAUAUCAUGGUGGCUCCCGGUGGUUGUGGCUGGUGCUGGUGUUUGGGCUGGGCCCUCCCCUCGAUGCGGUCUCUUCAGCCUGUCAGUGUCUUGUGACGGUUCCGGAUGGCAUAACAGGUUAUUAGCUGAUCCGCUGGUGAAUGGCUAUUUGGUAAUCAGGUGUUUAGUGCUGUUCAACAUAUUGGGCAUACUCUUUGGUUUAUUUGCUGUAUGUAUUUUUGCUUACAGAACAAACAAAAAAAAGUUGACUUUUACAUGUUGUGUACCAUUGCAAAAACAACCUUAACUCUAGCCUGUUGAGAACUGUAUAAAUGUAACUUUUUACUCAAAGGAAUAAUGCUUUUCUGCUUCUUUUAAAGAUUGAUGGGGUCAUUUUUAAGCUAAUGCAUCAUGUUUGUUUUAAUCAGCCAUCUUGUAAAUGUAUGAUUCAUUUAUGUUGAUAAACUGUAUUCUAUUCUAUAAAAACGAGAGCUUUUUGUUUAACCAAAUGGUGGGCGUAUGGAUGGUAAAAGGGACUUUGAUUUGUUAUAUUUAGGGUAAUAUCAUUGUAGAUCUAGAUCAAUGUAGACGACAGAGGGCUAGCAUUCAGAGAACAACCUGGUGAUUUUCUUUCCUAAGCCUUUCACCCAAAAAUCUGUUAAGAAAAUUGGAAAACGGAAUUACAGAGUGUAAUUAAUAUGGCACUUGUAUUACACUGGCAUCGGUAUUGUGUCUAAAAAGACUCCUGAAGUAAAGGGCAAGCAGGCUUUUAAGUCCUAAUUAUUUCCUUUUUUUAAAUUUAAACUACUUACAUAAUUAUCGAUGCGUAUGGCGUUAACUUAGACCGGACCUGACUAUUAAUCUUGUUAUUUUUACAGUUCUAAAAUAGACAUUGUCUUUUUAAACCCUGGCCUUGAAGAUAUCUGAGCACUUUUCACGUAUGUUGUAUUUAUUUUCCAGGACAUAAAGGUCUUUAUUUGCAUUUUUGUUAGGAAUGUACAUAGCACCUGUUUGCCUGUUUGACACAGCUUUAAGUAUGCAGGAGGCUCAGAUACAGAAACACAAAGACAUUGGACGGCUCACAUUUGUAGUACUACACAUUUUUACGUCCACAUACCGAUGUUGGCUGAUGUUUGCACCUUUAUUUCAAUUGAGAAUAAAGUGGAAAAGGAUGUGUAGCUUAGACCACAGGUGUUGUGUUGUUGUUUUUUAUCAAACAAGGAAUUACAUGAAUCAGUGUUUUUAAAUCUUAAUUCAUUAUCUGGUAUGUAUUGCUAAAUAGCUAAUUGUAGUCUUUGGUUAUAAGGGUUUUCCUGAUCUUGUUCAUUAUUGUGUUUCGUGAUAAGUCUACAGUGCAAUGGUGAUUAAUGUCAUUGCAAAGGUUUGCCCCGGUGUUAAUUUACAUUGGAAGUUCAAUCCUCAAGUUCAACAUGUAAUUAUUACACCCAUAUUUUAAGAUCAUUCAAGCCAUGUUCUAUUUCUUGUGUUAGGCCGUAAUAGGAAUAUCAUCCCCAUAACAUUACUAUACAAUGACCAUACAAACAAUCAAGCAAACUGAGUGAAUUAGGUAAGGAAUAUGAUUGCUCGUAAACAACAACAUAUGACACUCAAUGAUAAUAAUGUCAAGCAUGGUGCAUUUAUAUUGGCAAUAUUUAUCUACAUAUUUAAAAAUAGCAUCCAUCCAACCUUUCUAUUCACAGAAAGUAUUGCAACAGUCCAAUCCGUCUUAAUGCGGCCUCGUUCUAGUGGGAUUUGACACUAGCGCUCAAAUUAACUGCUGCUUUUGUGUUUUAAGAUGCUUACAUUAUGAACCAUAAGAAUGGGGUCAGUAUAUUACAUGGGGUUGGUUUUCAGCACUGUUGAACAGUGCUUUUUCUUUCUUUCAGGUGCAUACAUACACUGUCAUACACAAAUCACCCAGCUGAUAAUUUAUUAUAUUUAUAUAUUUUUUUUACUUGCUGCAAUUACCGUUAAAUAAACAUUUCACAGAAUGCACAUUAAGUUAAUUAUUAAAGAAAUAAAAUAAAUAGAUUCACAAAUAAAUAGUAGCACAUUUUACCUGGUAAUAUCAUUAAAUUAAUAAAAUAGGACAACAUGUAUUGUGUAUGCAAGUUAAUCAGUCGAAAACUGAAAUCCCGAUGCUCCUUGAGGAAUGGUUUUGAGAUAAGAAACUCGUUUUUCUCACUCAUCCUCUGCUACACAAUCUCUGUGAACAGCCAGUCGUUCUCAAAUGGAGGGGUGAUUAUGGGAUGGUACUGGGUUUCAGUAAGAGCAGAGAAGGACUGAGCCACACCUUCAAAGUGUGUGCCUGUUUUGUUAUUACACGCUUCAAAUGCACAGGAACUCUCCUGUUGUGCACAGGAGUAUGUGUUGAGUGUUGAGUUGUUGCAAAGGUAAAUGCUAAAGAUUGAAUUUGAUUGGUUGUCUUUGUCUUGGUCUGAGGCUGUUUCAUUAAAGACUAUCUCACUUCUGCUGGCUGGAAGAUUUUGGGAGGUUCUCUGAUCACUGGUCAAAUUUUUGAAAGGCAAUCCAAGGUCACUCUGAAAAGCAUCAGAACCUCCAUACCCGUAUUUACCUUCAAUACAUUUCAAAUGCUCUGCCUCGGAUCCACAAUUAUCAUUGCUCUGGAUCUGGAAGAUCUCAUGCCCCAUGCAAGUUCCUCGCUCAUGAUUCAUAGAUGACGUGGUGAUGUCAUCACAGCACACAUCGCCUUCCAGUUCCGAGGAACUCUCUUGACAGAUGCACACAUUUUCAAAAAACUCCUCCAUGUUCAUGCAGUCUUCUAGGUCGUCCCUACAUAUGACCUCUGUCUGCAAGACCUCCAUCAUGUCUGUCCACUGGUUCUCCACGGUGUCCUCCUUGUGGUUCUUCUGGAAGCAGGUGGACAUGUCCAGCAUGGACUGUACGGAGAAGUCACAAGAGUCGAGGGAGAGCGGGGAAAGAUCCGGAGAGAAGGGCGGCGAGAGGGACAGGUCAAGG